CUCUACCUUGUGAAAAGACAGGGCAGGAUGAGAAACAGGAGUGAUGGUGUCCAACUCCCAUCAUUAGGCUGUAUUCCUGAGAUCGUGUGGCGCCACAGGCUUGAGAGUUGUGUCCCCAAGGGCUUAAAAGGUGCAUAUAUAACCUUUUCUGUGCAGAGCAACACCUAGUGAAUUCAGAGAAGGAAAGACACAGAGCCAAAGAUCAAAUUUCAACAGCAAAAAGAAUUUCAUCAAUGAAUAACGAACGCAGCAAGAAAAUGGCUAAAGAAAACCACACAAAGGUGACAGAGUUUGUCCUCCAGGGCUUAGUGGACAGUCCAGAAAUGAAGCCACUGUGCUUUGCUGUGGUAUUACUCAUAUAUGUAGUAUCCCUGAUUGGGAAUCUGGGAAUGAUCAUGUUAAUCAAGAUGGACCGUCAACUCCAGAAACCCAUAUAUUUCUUCCUCAGUCACUUAUCUUUCUUAGAUUUUGGCUAUUCCUCAGCUGUUGCCCCUAGAAUGCUGGGAGAUUCUUUAACACAGAAGACUACCAUUUCAUACAUAGGCUGUGCUUCCCAGAUGUAUUUCUUUGUCUUCUGUACAAGUACUGAGUGCAUCCUUCUGGCUGCAAUGGCAUACGACCGGUAUGUAGCUAUCUGCAAUCCUCUCAUGUAUAUGGUUUCAAUGUCUCCCAAGAUGUGUGCCCUGUUGGUGGCUGGAUCUUACUUUGUUGGCUUUGUGAAUGCAAUGACACAAACAAUUUCCACUUUUUCAUUGUCUUUUUGUGGCUCCAAUAUCAUCAAUCAUUUUUUCUGUGAUGUUCCUCCUUUGUUCAUUCUUUCCUGCACUGACACAACCCUAAAUGAAAUGGUGCUCUUUAUAUUUGCUAUGAUUCAGAGCGUAUGUACUGUGGUAGCAAUUGUGGUGUCAUAUAUGUUCAUCCUGUCUGCAAUCCUGCAGAUCCGUUCAGCCGAGGGGAAACAACAGGCCUUUUCAACAUGUGCCUCCCACCUGAUGGCUGUCACCAUCUUCUACGGAACCACAGCCUUCAUGUACCUGCGGCCUCGCUCUAGUUACUCCAUGAACCAGGACAAAUGGGCCUCUGUGUUUUACACUGUGGUGGUCCCCAUGCUGAACCCCCUCGUCUACAGCCUGAGGAACAAGGAAGUGAAAAAUGCCUUGAGAAGAAUUCCAACACUGAAUAUAACUUUUUUGAAGGGCAUGCAAAGUUCAUAA